AUGGUAUUGCUACUGACUCCGAUUACCAUGCAGACAGUUACUUCAGCUUUGUUCAAGCUUGGUAAAGAUUUCAUCAGAUCGAUGAGAAAGCAAGAUCCUUCGAUCUACUUUGAUAUCUUGAAGAAUAUGGACGCUAUAAUGAAGCCUGGUGAAGUCACAGUUGUGCUUGGUAGACCGGGUUCGGGUUGUUCCACCUUGUUGAAGACAAUCGCUGCUCAUACCUACGGUUUCCAUCUUGGAGAAGAGAGUAAAAUUACCUAUGAUGGUUUGACCAUGAAGGAUAUCGAGAACAAUUUCCGUGGUGAUGUGAUCUACUCGGCAGAAACCGAUGUUCAUUUUCCUCAUUUGUCUGUGGGUGACACUUUGGAGUUUGCUGCUCGUUUAAGAACUCCUCAAAACAGAGGUAAUGUCGAUAGAGAGACCUAUGCUCGUCACAUGGCUAGCGUCUACAUGGCUACCUACGGCUUGUCCCACACUCGUAACUCUCGUGUUGGCAACGAUUUCAUAAGGGGAGUUUCUGGCGGUGAGCGAGAAGCGGGUUUUCGAUUGCUGAAGCAUCAUUGA